AUGAAGGCCGCAGUCGCAACCAUCGCUCUCGUCAUCCUGGCUCUCGGCUGGACCUCUGAGGCUGUGCAGGUCCAAGAGAAUGGAUUGUCUUUCUCUCUGGAGGCAGUGAAGAGGCUCCAGGCGCUGGCAGAAAGCAGCGGUUGGACAGGACAACAAAACCCACGCGUCAGGAUGAGCACAGUGUCCUUUUGUGCCAACCCCUUGCUCCCACAGGAGUUCAUGCCGCUCUGUAAGCAGAGAGGUGCAUCCGCAUCUCUGGCCAGACUAGUUAUGGUUCCCAUGGACAUCUGUGACAUCUGCGCCUUUGCUGCCUGCACUGGUUGCUAAACAAACCCAGCAAGCCAGAAACAUCUUGUCCAGUUUAAGAUUUGUGAUUUAUUCUCCUCCCUUUCAAAACUGUUUCAGGGAAAUUCUGAAAUUUUUUGCCCGUAAUGAUGCAACGAUGACUUUUUGAUCCCUGAAUACAGAG